AUGGUUAAGCAUUUAAAUUUGAAUAUAGAACAAUAUAAGUUAGCUUGUACUGAUGAGAAAGAAAACUACCAAAGUGGUGUAAAAUCUUCUCCUUGCUCUAAAUUACAGUUAAGAAAUCUAAAAGAAUGUGUCGACAUUAUUGGGACUACUUCGUAUCAAAUGGAAUUCCCUAAUAAUAUAAAAAGUAAUGUAAAAUUACUAUUGGAUAUUACAAAUUACAAAACUAAAUCAAUAGAAAGAAGUAAUAGAAUUGAAUUACCUAACCAAAUUAUAAAUAAAGCAAAAGAUAUUUUAAAAGACUCUGAAACUGUCAUAGAUGGGGAUAUAGUAGGGAAUUAUGUACCGUCAGACCUAAAAAUUGAAUAUAGUAUACUACAAGAAUUAACCUACUUUAAAAAUACAGAGCUAAAUGAUGAAACAAAUAACACUUUAUUAUCUCUACUUACUGAUUAUAAUAAAGAUAGUAUAGAUGCAUCUACUCCAAAUAUAAUGUAUUCUGACUUAAUUAAUGAAGAAAGAAAUAUAAAUAAUGAACAUAAAGAUAGAACAGAAUUAAAAUUAGAAGUUAAAGAUAUGGAUUUAUCUAUACCUAUUACUUCGGCCGCUUGUAAAUCAUUAGAUGUAGAUCAUAUUUAUACUACAAAAGUAACACAAACAUUGCUAGAUAAAGGCAACAAUGAAAAAAGCCUUGAUAUUAGUAAAUUCUCUUCAAAUUGUAAUAAGCAAACUAGUGAGAUUUGUUCUGGUUAUUCUGAUGUUUUUCUUCCUAUAGUAGAUACCAAGACAAAGGGGAGUCAAACUGAUUUAUUAGAAGCUAGAACAAUGUUUACUACUGAUGGUAAUUUUGAUAAUAUUCGUGGUGAUAAAUUAAUUACUUCAAAUAUAAAUAAUUCUAAAGAUUCACCCCAAUGUUUAUUUUCUACAGGAAGUGGUAAAAAGAUUAAUAUAAAUGAAACGAGUAUAAUAAAGGCUAAGAAAAUGCUUAAUACAGAUAAUGAUUUUGAUGAUAAUUUUAAUAACAAUAAAUUAACUACUUCAAAUAUAAAUAAUUCUAAAGAUUCAUCCCAUUGUUUAUUUUCUACAGGAAGUGGUAAAAAGGUUAAUAUAAAUGAAACAAGUAUAAUAAAGGCUAAGAAAAUACUUAAUACAGAUAAUGAUUUUGAUGAUAAUUUUAAUAAUAAUAAAUUAACUACUUCAAAUAUAAAUAAUUCUAAAGAUUCAUCCCAAUGUUUAUUUUCUACAGGAAGUGGUAAAAAGAUUAAUAUAAAUGAAACAAGUAUUACAAAGGCACGAUCAAUGUUUGGAUAUACUGAGGAUGAAUUGAGUACUCAAUAUAAAUAUGAUAAACAUGUCAAUUUGGAAUUUCAAGAUAACAUAAUAUUUUCAUUAAGAACUCUUAAAGAAACUGAGGAUGGAAACAAGGAUAAUAUUAAAAAUUUGAAAAUUUUAAAUAAUGGAAGUUCUAAAGAUUUGAAUAUAGAAUACCCAGAAUAUCAUACAGAUUUAAGCAACUCAAAAGAUCUAAAAUAUGUAACAAAUCAAUAUUUAGAUAUUAGGCAGUCUAGAAAAAUUACAAUAGAAGAUUUGAAAAUUCCGUUAUUUUAUCCCGAUUAUCAAAUAGUGAGAUUUGCACAAAAACACUUGGAGGCAUCAAAACCAACUUUAAUCUUGAUGAACCCUCUCAAAAAUAUCUUAAUUUAUGAGUUCAUCUUAGAAAAAAGGCAAUUAAAUAAUCAAAUUCACUACAGAAAUAUUGGAUAUCAGGAUAUUUUGAAAGAGUUCAAAAACUUUAUCAAGCAAUAUCCAAUAUUUCCAAAAGCCAUUGAGAAAUAUAUUGAUAGAUGGUUUAAUAUCCAAUAUUUAAUAGUGUUAUACACUGAAUCUAGAAAUUGGAUAAGGAAUAUAAAGCAGAAAUUAAAAAUGGAAGAUUUAUCAGAAUUAAAGAUGAAUAAGAACUGUUUUAAAAAGCUGUUUUUUUCAAUAGAUAACAUUUUGAAUUUUCCAUCGGCUCAAAAAGUAUUCCAUCGUAUUUGUAAGAGGGCUAUUUGUGAAUUUUUCAAGGCUAAGCGUUCUGCAAUUGUUAAGAUUUGCGAAGGAGAUAUUUCUGUCAGUGUUCCCUUAGCAUUGAAAGUCCUAACAUAUGAGCAAGGAAUCAUAGAUGGAAUUUGUGAUAAUAGCAAAGUUAUAUUCACAUGUACUGAUGGUUGGUAUUUAAUUAAAAUUUGCUGUGAUUUUGGAAAUUUAAAGUGCUCAAUCAAAACAUUUCCAUCAAAGAUUUUUAUAUGUGGAUCAACUUGGAAAAGCAAUGUUGAAUUGGGUCAUCCAUUAGAAAUAGAAUAUUCAAUUGGAGAUAUACCAACACUUAAUGUUGGGCUAAAUUUAAUAAGACCUUUAACUAAAUCAAAAAGUACAAAGUUAGGGUUUCAUAUUAGCCCACUAAUUUUUCGUUUACAUAAUUUAUUUUCAACUAUUGAAUAUCAUCCAGAAAUAGAUAAAAAUAGCAAAAAUGACAAAAUGUUAGUAGAAAGAGGUGCUGGAUUAUCAUUCCUUACUCAAUUAAUUGUUUUGUAUAAAUUUCCAAUUUGUUAUAAGGAAAUAAUUGAUAGAGAUGAUGAUAAUAGGAGAGUCUCAAUAUUACGUGAUGAAGUUGAAAUGGAUUGGUUAAAUGAUCAAACAUAUCAAAUAAUGGAUGCAGUAGCUAAAGGAUUUAGUCAAAAUAGUAUAGAAAAUAUGACAGAUUUUUCAACACGCAAAAUUAAUAUAGAAUGUAGAGUUCUUGUUAUGGAUUAUUGGAAAUUUCAGAAAAUUGAUAAGUUAUCUAAAAAGUCAGAUAGUUUAAAAAUAAACUUUGAUUUAUCAGAAUAUAUCCCAUAUUGUAGUUUACUUACAUUACCAUCUGGAAUAUCGUUAGAUGAUAUAUAUAAUAUAAAAAUUGGAUCUAUACUUCGUUUUUCUUGGUUACGCGUUCAUAAAUAUGAUAGAGUAUCAUCACAUGAAUUAAAUUACUCAUUAUCUCGCUUAUUCCCAACAUCAAAAACUUCAUUUAGAUUACUCAAAUUAUUAAAAAAUAAUCAAACACUUAGUAAUAUUGUACGAAUUUUACGUAUCCCAGUAUUGUCAGAUCCACUUCAGAACAACAUGAUUGUCAAAUAUAGUGGUUGGCCAUAUAAUUUAUUGGGUUUACUCUUGUAUACAUAUCCAGUAGAUGAAAGGAGACGAAAUUUUCAGCAAUGUUUUGAAUUUCGGAUAUUACUAGUUACAUCUAAUGGAUCAAAAGUCUUUGUUCGUUUUUCUACAGUUGGUAAUGAUGACUCACAGAAGCGUAUGUGCUAUAGAUUACAUUCUAUGCUUCAAAGGUACUCACUACUUGAGAAUUCACUUAAUUAUACAAAACGAAUUACUUUCCUUGAAAACUUAGAUUUUCAUUCAUAUGAGAAAUCAACAGGUUUAUUUUUUUUUAUUGCUAAAGUACCAUAUAUCAAUAUUACAGUACCAUAUGUUUCACAUGAUAAUGUAUUCUCUAACAUUAGUACACAGCAUAUUUUAUCUGAAGUAAUUGAGGAUUUAAUAGCUUAUACUUCUUUAGAUAUCCCCAAAUUAUUUGAAUACCGUUGUGAAAGUAAGAAGCGAAGGGGGACUCUUUGUGCAACCUGUGGAGUUGUCCUAACUAAUUGCACCUGUACUUUACAACAGCUUCAAGUACUAGAAGAUGAAUGGUCUCUUUUUAUGAGUUAA